AUGGUGAUAACACGCCAUCUCUAAAUUAAACGUCAUGGGAACUAGGUCGAAGGAAUAGUCCAUGUCUAACUUAUUGGACUAUUUUAUUGCCUCAGCGAGCCCUUCUCCAUGAAAUUAUUAUCUAAUUAGUGCACCUAAAAAAUAUACUGACGAUGACAUUUAUUUCUGAGACAUAGCUGGGCUUUUAUAUCAUCGGUGGAGAACCAAUCGAAGGAAACAAAUAUAUUUAUGGCAUAGACAGCGGGUCAUAAUGGCCGAUAAACACAGCCUGAACUAUGAUGUGAGAGAGUUAAAGUUAGGAGCCAGUUUCACUAAUAAUAAGGCAUCACAGUACCACACUAUCAAAUAUGACUUCAAGCCGGCGUCAGUUGACGUUAACAAAAUGGCAACGGUGGAUGUUGGAACAAAUAAUCAAGUGACCGUCACUGUACCACAUUUGGAUGGCGCCGGGGUCCCACAGACGGUAUUCAAAGGCAACCAGCGGCCCUACACCAAGGAGUGCGUGCUCAUCAUAGACAGGGUUACCGGCGAGAUUACACUGGAGAAGCUCUCUAGUAAUAUACAGGUUAAAAAGACAAGACAAGAAACGACUCAAAAGCCGCGGCCGCUGACGCCGGUGACGACAGACUUCACGAACACAACGCAGCGAUCCACGUCACGCACGCGCGUCGCCACCAACCGACGCAGCGCCACUAAUGCAGCAGUACCUGGUACGGGUCCGGCGAACCCCGCGGCGCGGUACAACGGCGCCGGCAACAUCGCCAAGCCGCCCACACUCGUCAGAUCUCCUCCCAGACAGAAGACUUCGCCCCCACAGGCUGCGCCUUGGUCAGGCGGCGGCAACAGUACCCUAGCAUCUCUCCCGAUGAUCGGGCUAGACGACUCGCUAGGCGGCCCCGCGGCUGCCGCGCCGGCCCCUGCACCCGCGCUGCCCAGCCUGGGCCCCGCCACGGGCCCCGCGCUGCCGAGCCUGGGCCCCAGCGCCGGGCCCCACGCCGCACACAACGGGUACGCGCGGCCCUACGAGCGGCCCGCACCCCCGGCGCCUGAGAGGCCCCAUCACAAUACUAACGCCUACCAGCCGCCACCUCAACACCAUCAGCCCCCGCAACAAGAGGACAGUUCGUCGAGCUCGUCGAGCGAGAGCGGCAGCGACUCGGACAGCGGCAGCGACAGCGACGACAACGACUCCAGCGCGCAUCACUCCAUACCCAACGGUACCGCGGCCCCGAACCCGGCGCUGCCCGCCGACGUCCUCAACGAUGAUCUCUGCCUGUCGGAGUCGGGCAGCGACUCCGACUGACCUCACGACAAGCCUUUAUUUCAUCGGGUGUGGGUGUCUUAUUGUUUCAGCGUUUCUCUAUCCACACAGAUUACAACUCAAACUUGGCAAGUGUGCACAGAUCAUGACACUUUGUACUUUUAAACACGGAACAAUACAAAAAGAUUUUUUUUACAUAAUAAUUAUAACUAAAUCUACAUAUAAUUUAUAUACAUAUAAAAGACAGAUUAUC